AUGGAUGAAAAGAGCGACAUCACGACGAAGAAUGAAAAAGCAAAUGACACCGACGAACAGCUCCUCAGGGAGCUGGAGAACCCUCAGAAAAUCAAGAAAAUAGUUCGCGAAGGCAUCCUGCUCGCUGGUGGCGGAGCGGCUAUUCUCCUUCAAGUUGCCAUGCCGGGCGUUGGCAAAGGCGUUGAUGAACACAGUAACUUCUCCUAUCGUCCACUGGAUCGACUCCGCACGACUAUGACAUACGUCUACUGCAUGGCGUUUGGCACUCCAGAGGAAAAGAAGAUCAUCAUUGAGAUGGUCCACAAAGCACAUUCCGUUGUCAAAGGCCCCGACUACUCGGCCGACGAUCCACACCUGCAGGUCUGGGUGGCGGCGACUCUCUACGCUGUCGGGAUUGAUUUGUACGAGCAAGUCUUUGGGCGUAUGGAUGAGGCCACCGCCGAAGCAACCUAUCGUGAAUAUGCCGUUCUUGCGGUUUCCCUCCGUGUCAAGCCAGAGAUGUGGCCCCCAACUCGCGAGGCGUUCUGGGUCUAUUGGGACGAACAGAUCAACAAGAUACAGCAUCGGAUAACCCCACAGGCAAAGAACGUUGCCAAGGAUCUACUGUUUAACAAACAAGUUCCGUUCAUAAUCCGCGUUUCCAUGCCACUGGUGCGGCUGAUGACCGCAGACUUGCUGCCAGAGGGCAUCCGCGAGGGGUAUGGGCUUAAGACCAGUCGGACGCGAAGAGGAAUGCAGAAGGUAGUUCGGGGGAUGACGAAGGUUGUGUACCCUGCUACACCUAGCUUCAUUCGGACCUACCCUAUGCGGUACUACCUAAAGGAUAUGCGGAAGAGAAUGAAGAAGGCCCAACAUCGGUAG